ACAGGAAGGGGGAGGGGCUACCGUAGCAGCAGAAGGAAGCGAGUGAAGGAUGCUUAUCAUCAAACCGAGGUGAAAUACAGUGGAGGUUACUAUGGGUCAGUGUUACGUUCAGCAUGGCAUGACUGGAGACUGAAGAUUACAAGGCCGUGGCAGGAAGACCAGUGAACUCCAGCUUGAAUAAAUGAUGAAGAGCCCAGUUCACAGAUGCCGGGAUGUGGAACAUGGCCGUGGUGAGAGCCGAGCAGGGUCCAACGGCCUACAGCCUGAACAACGUAUCCCUAUAUCCAAAGACUUUAUCACUUCUUCCUCUUCCUCAGCAAUGUGGUUCAUCAGGGAUACCUGCGGCAUUGUGUGCUCCAUCAUAACGUGGCUUCUGGUCUUUUAUGCUGAGUUUGUGGUGCUGUUUGUAAUGUUGGUGCCAGCCAAAAAUCUCACUUACAGCAUUGUGAACGGGACGUUGUUCAAUACUUUGGCCUUCCUUGCCCUCGCCUCACACCUCAGGGCCAUGUGCACUGACCCUGGGGCAGUGCCAAAAGGAAAUGCCACAAAGGAAUACAUAGAAAGUCUUCAGCUUAAACCAGGCCAGGUGGUCUACAAAUGUCCGAAAUGCUGCAGCAUCAAGCCUGACAGAGCACACCACUGCAGUGUAUGCAAACGAUGCAUAAGGAAGAUGGAUCACCACUGUCCAUGGGUCAACAACUGUGUUGGAGAAAACAACCAGAAGUACUUUGUGCUUUUCACAAUGUACAUUGCACUCAUCUCUCUGCACGCUUUGGUCAUGGUGGUCUUCCAUUUCCUCAACUGUUUUGAAGAUGAUUGGACAAAAUGCAGCUCCUUCUCUCCUCCUGCAACCGUGAUCCUUCUUAUCCUCCUGUGCUUUGAGGGUCUCCUUUUCCUCAUCUUCACAUCUGUGAUGUUCGGCACCCAAAUGCACUCCAUCUGUACUGACGAGACAGGCAUAGAGCAGUUGAAAAAGGAAGAGCGAAGAUGGGCAAAAAAAACUAAGAGGAUGAACAUGAGGGCAGUUUUUGGACAUCAAUUCUCUUUAUUGUGGUUAAGCCCCUUCUCCACCCCAGACCAUGGUAAGGCAGAGACCUACCAGUAUGUGGUGUGAGCGAGCUUGGGACAGGAAAUGAGAUGGAUGGAAAAAACUAGCUCUGUCCCACAAAGUUCAGCUAAGGAGCCCUGCUUGCUCCAACUCAAUAUUAGUUGCAGUUUUCUUUUAAAAGAAGCAACGGACACCUUUAUUUGUGCCAACUAAGUGAGAAAUUUAUUUUUUUGUUUUGUUUAGUUGCAGAAAAAAAAAAAGUUAUCAGUCUGUUUGCAAACACUGUGAUUUUUUUUACUGAUCUUUUCUCUUUUCAAAAAGUUAAUUAUUUAAAGGGUUGGUUCAGCAAAAUUACAAAGUGGGAGGAAAUAGACAACUGCCUUUUUAUCACCUAAUCAUGCAGAUAUAGCCUUUCUUAUCAUUCAGCUGGUAAAAAGUUGGAACAUACGGUAGCAUGGAAGCAUUGAGUUUAAAUCUGCAUGUAUCAUGUACAUGAAAAGGAAUGUACUUACCCGAUCUAUAAUAAAAAAAAUAGAUAUAACAUCCUAUAUUGUGUAUACAUAAUGCCUUUAAAAAGAUUCUUUAUUCCUUCAACUUUUUAACAGUUCAUAUGGUGCGUCUUCAGUUUAGCUUUUGGGAUAUUUAUGAGAAUUUAGCACAAAGUAGUACAUAGUUGUGAGGAAAAAUAAUAGUAGCCAUGCAUUGGUCAUUAAUCCUUCAUUAAUGACCAACCCUUUAUUGCAUUAAUGAAAAUGGUUGGAGACAUACCCCGAAAAAGACUUGUAGCUGUAACUGAAGUAAAAGAGGGUUUUGAAACUGAGAGUCAGAAAUGGUUAAUUAAAAUUAGCCCUGGGCAAUAAAUUGCAUUUGCAAUGCAAUCGCAAUUUAGAAAAAUAACAUUUUGAAAUUACAGAAGCUUUCAACUUAAAUCACAUUACAUUUAUCUAGACUAAGACACUAAAUGUCUUAAUCCAGCCUUUUAUGUAGCAAUAAUUAAGGUAAGAUUGGUGCCCAGCAGAACAAAAGAGAGAGUUGCUGCUAGCAUACAGAUCCAUGUAGGAUAGUAGAAGCAAGAGCUUUUUCAUUGAAAGGUUACAGUAAAGUGGUGCAUCAAUGGAUUCUGGAAAAGCAAGCUUUUCAUCGUCAUAAAUAAACUGAAAACCUUGAUGGAAACAUUUAAGCUUACGCUUAUUGCCAAGGGCAACAGCAAUAAAAUCGGAGUCCCAAUAUUGGUUGAAAAUAAUUGCAAUUAAAAUUUUUGGCAAGUUUUGGUAAUGAAAAUACAUGACACAGUUUUCUAAUGUAAUCAGCUUUUAAAACCAUGUAUCAUUUUUCAUCCUCAUUUCACUACUAUUUAUCAAGUCUACACUACUUUGUGCUGGUCUUUCUCCUGAAAUCCUAAUUAAGUCUUAACUAAAGUUGACUUAAUUGUGAUCAAAUCUAUGCAGGUCUUCUGUAAGGAAUUGUAGGGCUCUUUAUUUUGGGUGUUCAAGCCAACAUUGCAAAUAGUGAUGAUCUAUAGUAAGUUUUAUGUUUAGCAACAAACUAAAGAUAAGCUUAAAAUUCAACAGAGGAGGUGGAAUUAUACAGUGCCUAUUUUCUGUAAUUUAGCUGAACUGACCUUUUAACUUUUUUUGCACAUUGAUAAAAUGAAGUUUUUCCAAUUUAAAUGAUUUCUUUGAAAAGUAGAUCAAUGUUCUGCCAAAACCUGCUGUAAGGUACUAUAAGGGACGAUUCUAAAAAUGCUUUUUUCCUUUUUGCCUCAAGUUCCACUGCAUAGAUCCUACUUUGUCUUGGUUUUGUUGACCUUUUUGAUUAAAUUAAAAGAAAGAUGUAUUAUGGCGACUAUUAUUAAUAAUCAAAGGUAAAGGACGGAGUAUUUAGAUGGCACAACUUGUUGAAAUUCAUUAUUUUCUUCCUUUUUUUAUAAAGUCACUAAUCCAGAAGGCUUUGGUGUUGUAAUUUUUGCCAUUUGAGAACUUUGUAUUAGAACUGGAAAAAAAGGUAAAUUCCAUAAAACUUAUCAAGAUUCAAGACAAGUGAAUUCAAUACAUUCUAUUUAUUGUCUAUGCCUAAAUGUCUUUCCUUUAUUACUUAAAGAUUUGCUGGUGAAGAUUCUCAAUCACCCUGAACAUGGUAACUCCAAAAGGAACAAAACAACUGGGGAACUUUUUUGAUUGAAAGGGAUUCUGGAUUUUAUAAAAUUGUGAUAAAAACCCAUGUCUAUGUUUUAUUUUUAUUGGCUUUACGAAUAUUGGAAACUUACACUAAUCUAGAUAAAUGUUUCUUACUACAUGUGUAGUUGGGCUUAGGCCUGUUCCAGUGACAGUUUUACAGCUACCAAAGUCUUCCUUUAUGCAGGUCUAUUGUGUUUAGUCUCUGUAACUGAGAUGGCAGAGAAAGUGCAGUUUUCUUUGGUUCUCUGAAGCAUACAGUAACUCACAAGUGACCUUCUCCCUUAUCUGGAUAAUUAAGGCACAUCAGCUAGUGUUGUGAAAUGGCGCUAUAUAAACAAACUAAACUAAAUUGAAACAAUGAUACAUUUCUGGAAAGCUUACAUUUGGCUGUUUUCUGAUCAUCUGAUCAUCACCUAAGUAAAAGUGUGAGAAGUGCAUCUCUGCACUUUCAUUAAUAUAAGGCAGUUGUUUUGCUCUGACUGCUGGUGGCUGAUUGAGCACAAUCACAAAACUCAUGAACCUGCUGUUACCAUUACUGGUGAAAAAGUGCCAGUUUUUGUACAGUGAUUGUGCUUUGUAUGGAAUUGUAUGUAAGAAUUGUAAUUCAUGUAUGGAGUUUGCAGCUUAAGUUUUUUUUUUUUUUUUUUUUACCGAUAUGUCUGAGCUUUACAGAGGCGUUUUCUAAUAAUGCUACCUUUUUCAAUGUUGGUGACAGUCACUUAUAUGAUAAUACAAAGCUCAACACUUGGUAAGUGCAUACUCACAAAGUUAUAGUUAAUGGAGUAGUUCUUACACAGUGGAUGUUUUUUGUUUUUCAUGUUACUAGCUCACAAGGAAGGAUUGUGAUCCCUGAAUUGAAAGUGACAACUGAAAACUGCUCACGUGUAACUAGUACCUUAAUGGCAAAGUCCGACAGAGAAAACCGAUGUCAGCAUCCAGAUUUGACCAUGACAGUCCUCAGAGAAGAAAGCUUGGCUGUCUGAAAGCAGCUUCCAUAUGAGUUUAGAUACCUGACAUACGUAGAUAAAUAGUUGUUGAUUGAAAAUAGUCAGCCCACAUUAGUGAUGCAUGAUUGUAAUUUAUGUUCUCAACUAUAAAUGAAAAGUUUAAAACAGUAACAGUGAUUGAUUUACAGAGUUUUGCAGAGGUCUAAGGCUACGUUCACAUAGCAGCCUGAGGUGAACCAAAUAAAAAUUUCAAGACA